CAUUUAAGCGAUGAUGGUGAUAUACGCACGACUAGUGGUGAUGUUGAUAAAGAAAAGGUUCUAGGAAUGUUAUCAGGAGGGUAUUUCAUUAAUCAAAUUAUAAGAGCUGAUUUGUCCUAA